AUGAAGCGUUCUCGUUCACCCGAUGACUCGUCUACCAGCGGUAGCAAAGCCGUCGAAAACCCUCCGAAACGCCGCAAAAUAGAUCCAGUUAUGGCCAAAGCGGCCAUUGAAUCCACACGCGAACAUAUGUGCCAGGCAAUCUCCGAAUCAGAGUCCAUGGUGCUGAAUUUUGUCAAGAACGAGCAGGAAGUCUUGGGAAGGGAGAAAACCGAGCUGCUUGAGGAACUCAAAGACGCCUUGAAGGACUUGGGUAUGGAAGAGGAGUUCAAGGACGAAAUGACCCAGCUUCGUGGAUAUGUAAUGACUUUGAACGUAACGGUGCACUGUGGUCCCUGA